GUAAAAAAAAAAAAAAGAAAAAAGAAAAAAAAAGGAUAAUAUUAAAAAAUAAAAAGGAGAUAUUUGACUUUUUUUUUUCUGAAAUAGGAAUAUAUCAUCUCAUUGGAAUCUCGAUUACAUGACCUUAAAUCUGAAGCGACAGUGGCUGGUCCAUUGACAAAAGACUUGAAACAGUUUGAAGAAAUUAGGAUGUCUUUAAAACAAACCAAAUAUUCUCUGGAACGAUUACAAGAAAUGGAACAAGGAUGGAACACAAACGAUUCACAACAGCAUAUCACAUCUAUGAAAGAUCAGAUUACCCGUUUAAGGAAUCAACUGGAAUUAUGGAAAACCGAUGGUGGUGGCAACAAUAAUGCUGAGUUACAUGAUCGUAUUCAAGCUUUAAUGAAGGAGUUGUCAGAGUAUUCUAUGGAAUCACAAAAAUUAUCUUUGAUGAUCGAUUUAUUCGAAAAGACGGAAACUCGACUAUUAGAAGAAAUCGAUAGAAUGGCAUCCAUUUAUGGACGACUGGAAGAACAACGAUCAAAAAAAGUGUUUGAUGAUGAUUAUAAACAAGACCAUAAACUCAAGCUUUUAGCCGAGAAAUCCAAAUAUGCACAAACUUUUCCAUCCCUGAUGGCAGCCAAAGAGAAGCAACAAGCUAAUGUUACGUCUCUACGUCUUACUUGUGAUAAACAAAAAGAACUCAUAACACAACUCAAGGAACAUGAAAAGUCUCUGGAAUUACAAUUGUCGGGGAAAGAAUAUGAUAGUUGGCGAAUGACUCAAUCUGUUGAAGAUGACAAGUCUAUGGUAGAAAGUUUAACUCAACAAUUAGAAGAAUCGAAAAAUACACUGGAACAACUUGAUGAACAUAUGAUGGAGCUGCAGAAAGUGCUCAAGGAGAAAACACGUGCAUUAGAAGAAGAAAAGCAUUUACAAAGUCGAGUGGAAGAAGAUCAUGACAAGAUGAAACGAAAAUGGGAUAUGAUCUCACAUGGUGAUAAUCCUCAGGAACAACAAUUGGCAGAAGAGUGUGAUGAAUUAAGGUCUCUCCUCAAAUGUGGUACUUGUCGAACAAGAUUCCGAAGUCAUCUCCUGACACGUUGUAUGCACACUUUUUGUAAGAAAUGUAUUGAUGCCAGAUUAGAAACUCGUCAACGUCGAUGUCCUACUUGUGGCGAAUCCUUUGGUGCUUCUGAUGUUCGGCAAUUCUAUCUAUGAUUUACAUCGUUUAUCCCUUAUUAUCAUUCUUAUCCAUAUAGACCCUUUCCCCCCCCCUUUUUUUUUUUUUUAAAAAAAAAAAGCUACUUUCCUCCCAAUCGCUUCAAUCCAAAAUCUUUCUUUUCCCUUUUUUAGCAUAUAUUCUUAAAACGAAAUUUUCACCCUCCCCGC